ACGAACCUGCUAACCAAGAUGCGCACAGGUCGCUAAGCAAUGCAUAUCAGUUGGUGCUAGCAGUCCGCGGUCAGUCUUACAUUUGAACGCUUCAUGUGCGCGCAGUAGUUGCUGUUCGAAGAAAUCAACUAAAUGAAAUAUAACUUGCGGCUUCUAAACGUCGCCAAUUCAAAAUAGUUUUUUAGUUUAGCUAUAAAAUGUCUGCGAGGACAAGCAGUGGCGCAAGCAGCGUAAGUGAUAGUUCUGUAACGGAUGGUGAUACGAGUUUUAAAUUUGCCAGUAAAACUUUGCAAGACUAUGAAGUUAUAUCGGUGAUUGGCAACGGCACCUUUGGUACGUGCUUCAAAGUGCGCGAUAAACAAACGGGUGAGCUAUACGCUUGGAAGGGCAUCGACUACGAUGAGUUGAGCGAGUCUAAGAAGGCUUCAUUGGUGUCCGAGAUACGUGUGUUGCGUCAGCUGCAACAUCCCAAUAUCGUGGAAUACUAUCAUCAUUUGGUUAAUCAUGAGGCCAAGUCAAUAUUUAUUGUCAUGGAGUGUUGUGAAGGUGGCGAUUUGGCGCAGCUUAUAAAAUGUGCGCGCGAUGAGCGCAAACGUUUCGAAGAGCGUUAUAUAUGGCGUGUGCUGUUUCAAGUUUGCAAAGCGUUGCAGGUGUGUCACAACAAGAUAAGGAAGGGCACGAUUCUACAUCGUGAUAUCAAACCGGCAAAUAUAUUUCUGGACGCUCAAGGUAAUGCAAAGCUGGGUGACUUCGGCUUGGCGCGUAUGUUGCGCAAAAAUCAGGAUUUCGCAGCCACUUUUGUUGGCACACCCUACUACAUGAGUCCCGAGAUUGUUAAAGGAUCGCGGUAUGAUCGCAAAUCGGAUGUUUGGGCUGUGGGUUGUCUUGCAUACGAAAUGUGUGCUUUACGCACGCCCUUUCAGGCGGAGAAGUUCGAUGAGCUUACUUUGAAUAUUUCCAAUGGCAAAUUCAAUCACAUACCAGCUGUGUACUCCAGCGAUCUGCAAGAAAUCAUUGCUUAUAUGCUGUCAGUGGAUAGUGAACAGCGUCCUAGCAUUGAAGUGAUAACUCGUCAUCCAACCGUUGUGCGCAAUAUAACUGAACUUGGUAAUGAUUUUCCAACACUCAUCAAAGCGGAGUCAGUUUUCUUUGAAGUCGAUGAAAUGUCUGCACCACGUUGCAAACUGCAAUACAGCCCUUCAAUAGACCUUUCUAGCACUAUGUAUACGGAGCGCAAUAGUUUUAAUGAGGAUUACGGGCAACGUCGGUUGAGUGUCGGAUUUACGCCCGAUUUACGUGACGAACUCUUUUCCUCUGUGAAACGGCACUUGAAGUCUAAAUCUAUAUUUCAACGGUCAGAUCCUGAGCUUUAUGAAAGCAUACAACACGAACUAUAUGCGAGCGUACAUAAUCUGACACCACUGCGACCGCCAGUACCACCGCCGAAGCCAUCCUCACAUGCGCGCACGUCGGCUAACAUUUCUGUGAACGAGCUCAAGAGCCCCACGCUGAUUACGGAGGAUGUCUUUAAUGAGGCGUUGCAAGCACGUCUGCAUGCCAUACGCGCGCUCGAGUCGUUGUUGAAACAUAAAGAGAAUUGCUUAGACAUGCGCACGCAAGAAUUAAACGAACGAGAGAAACGCCUACAGCAGUUGGAAAGUGCGUUACAUAAACGUGAGCUUGAAUUGGUGGUGAACGAGCAGGCUUUGGCAGUCGACGCUUUACAAGCAGUUGAUCGCCGACAUGAUAAUGCCCGUUCACCAUCACCUCCCCCAAUACCGCCACGUAAGUCUAGCGUUAGCAAACAUGAUGAGACCUAUUGCAGCAUAGAAGAAACACAACUGGAAUCACCGACAAUUGCUAAACUUAAUUUGCCAUUAACCAAGUCGUAUCCAGCCCUACGUCGUGUUACAUUUCAGUCGCCACAAAAGUUUACAAAUUACAGCAUUGAUGCUAAUGCCAACGACGGCACGCAAGCACAGAAGCUCGCAGUUGCCAAAGUGAACACUAAACGGCAACCUAUGGAACUUCAGGCCAGUGUUUCAAGUAAAGAUAGUCGAGAAUCAAUUGAUAGCGGCAUCGCAGCUAACUCGACAAAUACAACGUUAACAACGACAACCGUGCCUACACGACGUCGUUCGAUAUUAUCCACACUUUUCGGUAUACAUCGCAGCAGCAAAGACACUACAAAGUCCGGCAGCAAUCAUAUAAAAAAUAACGUUGAGAAUAAUAAAGCCAACCAACAACCUAUAGCCAGCUCACCAACACCUAAAGCGCGUAUGCCAUUUGCGCCACGCCCCGAUCAAGUGCUAGCCAAAUGCGAAACAUCAGAGUUGAGCAAUAUUUGGACUAAGGAGCAUAAACGCGCUGCUUUUGACCUUUUGGCCGCCAUGAAUGCAGGUCAGUGUGGCCCAAUUGAUGCAACUCAAUCAAACAUGGUACAAUAUAAUGGUUCCUCAGCGCACUCUGCCACCAAUAAUAUGACAAUUGGGCGUCAAAAGUUAAGACAAUCGACACGUGAACGUCACAGCGCCACUUUACGUCGCCAGAACCACAUGCGGCGUUCGUUAAUGAUGCCGUCUCAGUGCCAUGCGCAUGUUACAGCCGCCAGCGCCGGUGCUAUGUUGACCAGUACACGUAGCGGUGUGGGUAGCAGGGAGAAAAUGCUUGUUUAGAGAAUUUCAGUGACAGUUUCAUACAAAUGUUUUGGAAAUUAUUAAAAAUUUAAUGCUUUCGCUUCACCGCUUACCUUAAAUGUAAAAAAAUACUGCUUCAAAGUCCUGCUAUUGCUUGACUAAUCACGUCUGAGCCUUAUAUGCCAUACAAAUAUUUCCUAUAUAUAUAAAUGAUUAUUUAACUUGUUAGUUUAAUAUUAUUAAGAGUAUUAUGUAUUUGUGACGCGAAAAAAAGUUCCCUUUAUCUUUGAGAUUAAAAAAAAUGUUUUUAUGUUUGUGUUUGUAAUCUAUAAUUUAUAUAAUAAUUAACUGUUAAUAAAUACAGACUUUCAGCUUCUAAAAGUGCUAAAUACAUUUUCAGAUUUCUCUCUUAGUUAUUUAUAUUUUAAUGAGUGACCUAAAUAAAUUUUGGAAAAAAAUUGCAAAA